AUGGACCUCCAACGCAUCCUCGCCGCCAACAUCGACGGCCGCACCCAAAACACACGCUACCGACAAUCCCAACUCCAAAGCCUCCAAUCAACACUAGUAACCCACCUCCCAGAAUUUCAAGAUGCAAUCCGAACAGACUCAGGGCACACGACACGAGAAGUGCGCGCGGAAAUUAUCCUUGCGCUACAGGAGCUGCGAACGCACUACGCCUCGCUGAGUCUAAGCAAGGAUCUGGAAGUUGAGUAUCGCAUUGCACGUGGGAAGGAUAGCCCCGAUGCUUCGGUCGGUGUGGGGAUCGCCUAUAUUGUUCCGACCGGGCAUACGCUUUUUUUCUCACUUAUUUCUGCGUUGACGGCUGCGGUUGCGGCGGGGAACUGUGUUGUUGUUGAGCUCCCUCAAACUACAAUGGCGCUUCCUGAUCUGCUGCGCAAGGUCUUACGUGAUGCAUUGGACCAUGAUACAUUCAUGAUUACAUCGCAAAGACCAGAUGCCUCAUUUAUGAGCAAGGUUCUGCUCGUUUCGCAGGUAGCUUCCGAUGCACCUACUGGGCUGCUCUCGCCUGCAUCGGCGAGAACAGUCGCUGUCGUCGACCGGACAGCGAAUAUCAAUGAAGCGGCGCAAGCACUCGUGGCCGCGCGGUUCGCGCUGGGCGGACGCUCGGUCUAUGCUCCGGAUUUGGUACUCGUGAACGAGUUCGCCAUGAAGGGCUUUGCGGAGGCCGUUAUCCAGCAUGCUUCGCGGUACUUGGCUGGGGAGAACGGCGAGGCGAGGAAUAAGCAAUGGUCGCCGCGACGGUCUGGAAUCUUGGAAACUAUUCAGAAAGAUCGAUCUGCGCGCGUUCUCGUGUCUGGUAGUGAUUGGGGUGUGGUUGAGGUUCAGGAUCGAAAAUCGCCUCUAUUGAAAAAAAAGAUUGACGAAAAAGUCCUCCUGGUACACACCGUCACCAGCCUCGACGACGCCAUCGAUAUCAAUUUCAGCUCAACCCUCGCUGCAACCUACGCCUUCGCCGCCCCAUCAUCAGCAAAGUACCUGACCCAAUUCAUCGACGCGGACAUAUCAUGGGUCAACCACGUCCCAAGCCACAUGCUGAUCGGCCCCGCCCUUCCACGAAAUACCCCCUACAACUCACAAACCCGCUACAGCGCAACAACCUUUCAAAGACCCCGCCCACAACUCAUAGCCCCUCCACAAAGCAGCUACAUCGCCCAAACAAUCCUGGAAAACACCGACAAGCUCAAGGCCGAUACCCUCUGGCGUAAGGCGAUUGCUCCGCUCCCGGAAACGAAGCAGCGGCCGGGUUUCAAGAUUGGAUUCUUUGAGCAAGGGAUUAUUACUGGUGUUUCGCUGACGCUUGUUUCGUUGAUUGGGGCUGUUGGGACGUUGGGGCUUCCAAUCCUUGAAGCAUAUGUAGAGAUAUCUAUGAUACACCAGUCAACCGCGACACGCACCAGUCUGGUGCAUCAAAAAGACCAAAAGCCCACCAACAGCAUCCCUCAGACAUCAAACGGUAAUAUCCGGACAGCAGAAGAACCCGAUGACGUCUCUGCGGGGUAG